AUGGAGGAGCCGCGGCUGCCCGCCCCGCUCAACCCCAGCACCUUCCCGGCCAAGCUGUGGCGGCUGGUGAACAGCCCGAGCUGCCGCUCCAUCGCCUGGGACGCCCGCGGCGAAGGGCUGCUCGUGGACCAGGCGCUCUUGGAGCGGGAGCUGCUGGGCGCGGGGCCGGGCCACGCCGCGGGGCCGGGCGGCGAUGGCGCGGAGCUGUUCCAAACUAGGAACUUCAGCAGCUUCGUCCGGCAGCUAAACCUGUACGGCUUCCGCAAAGUGGUGGCGGGGCCGGCGGGCAGCGCGGCGCGAGGCCCGCAGGGCGGCACUGGCGAUGGCGGCAGCUCCGCCGGGCCCCUGCACCACUUCCAGAGCCCGCACUUUCGCCGCCAGCGGCCCGACCUGCUCCUCAACAUGAAGCGCCUGACGCGCGGCAACAGGGCCAAGCUGGCGGCCGGCCUGGAGGUGACCAGCCGCCCGGCCAACCGCUUCCAGCGCCUGCUGGGCACCGCGCUGCACGGGGACCCGCUGCUGCCGCCCUGGGUGCUGAGCAAGGCCCGCGGGGCCGGACUGCUGGCUGUAGGACAGGCUCAUCCAAACCACUUCCUGCCUUACUCCUGCGUGUCCACCUCAUCGCAGAACCAGAGUGCAGUCCAUGCCACAACAUCGCAGGGUUCUUGCAGCUUGCUCCCAGGGCACCAGCCUCCUGCGGCUUCCGCAGGGAACGGCGUCUUCCCUGUGCUCCGGAGCUGUGCAACCCCAGGCACAUACACGGUCGUCCAGUCUGUUCCCUCCUUUCUGACGCUGGAGCGAUGGCCUCAAGGCAUCACCACUUCCCCUCCAAGUGGCCUCAGCUGUGCACCUCCAGGGCAGGGCUGGCCAGCUUGCAGCCCACCAGCUGCAGCGCCCUGUGGUUCCCCAGCUGCCUGCACAGACCCUCUGACCGGCUGUGCUGGCCCUGCGGUUUUGCCGAGCACCCAGAGCAGCUUUGUCCAGAGUCCACCAGCACAGUCACCUUGUGCAGGCGAAUUUCCACCUUCUGACUGGCGCUGCCAUACGCCUGAUGAAAGCAAGGAGACAGAAGUAGAUCUUGCAACGGUGUUUCAGCUGGCUGAGGAGAUGUGUUCACCCCUGCUGGAUGAACUGGUGAAAGUGGAGUCUGUGCCUUCUGAAGAUCUUUGUGCUGCCCAUGCUGUGGUGUCUGCAGAAAGGGCUGCUGCUGAGCUACUGGAGAAUAGCAGCCUUCUGUGUGCAGCAGUGACAGAAGAGAGCCCUGAGCCCGUCAACACUUCCGUAGAAGAGAAUUUCCAUCUGCAGGGAGAUGUAGCCUGCAAGCAGAGGUGCUUUUGGGAGGAAGGAAGAGAGUGA